UCUAGAGCCACCCGCCACCGGGGCCGCUCUGCGGAGGCGCAGUUAGAGGCGGAGACCCGCCUGGGGCGAAGUGUAAGGGGGUGUGACCUAAGGGCCAAGGGGGCUCUCGUGCUCGGUGACCUGAAAAUUAAAUUGCAGUGCCCUUGUUUCUCCUGUUGUCCAGGGGAACAUAGAUGGCUGGACACAGAAUCUAGAGACUUCAAAUAAUGUGGAGAUGUUUCGACCUUCAGGUUCCACUGGGCUCAUUCCCCCAUCCCACUUCCAAGCUCGGCCCCUUCCAACCUUGCCAAGAAUGGCUCCCAACUGGGUCUUAGACAUUCCUCUGGUCCAACCCCUGGCCCAUCAUGAAGUCUCAGAGAGGCGGCCAGACAACCAGAGACCUCAAGUGAUCAUGUGGGAACAGGAUGUUUCUGGUGAUGGGCAGCAACCAGGGCAGAGGGGCAGGUCCGUGGAGCUACAGGGGUCACAGGCCUUGAGCCAGCAGGCUGAGCUGAUCUCUCGGCAGCUGCAGGAGCUGCGGCGGUUUGAGGAGGAGGUCCGGGUCCUGCGGGAGACCUCAUUGCAGCAGAAGAUGAGGCUGGAGGCCCAGGCUGUGGAGCUGGAGGCUCUGGCACGGGCAGAGAAGGCUGGCCGAGCUGAGGCCGAGGGCCUGCGUGCUGCCUUGACUGGGGCUGAGGUUGUCCGGAAGAACUUGGAAGAGGAGAGCCAGCGGCAGCUGGAGGAAGUUCAGAGGCUGCACAAGGAGCAGCUGUCCUCCUUAACACGGGCUCGCCAGGAGGCUCUUUCCAGUCUGACCAACAAAACCGAGGGCUUGGAGAAGUCUCUGAACAGUUUGGAAACCAGGAGGGCAGAGGAAGCCAAGGAAUUAGCUAUGGCCCAGAAGGAGGCUGAGAUGCUACGGAAGCAGCUGAGCAAGACCCAAGAAGACUUGGAGGUUCAGGUGACCUUGGUUGAGAACCUAAGGAGAUACGUAGGGGAACAAGUCCCCCCUGAGGUCCACAGCCAGAUGUGGGAGUCAGAGCGACAAGACCUCUUAGAGACUGUGCAGCACUUGCAGGAGGACCGGGACAGCCUACACUCGACUGUGGAGCUGCUGCAGGUGCGUGUGCAAAGCCUCACCCACAUCUUGUCCAUGCAGGAGGAGGAGCUGGCCAGGAAGGUUCAGCCUUCAGAUUCCUUGGAGCCCGAGUUGCCCAGGAAGGUCCAGUCCCUGCUGAAGGGCUGGCGGGAGAAGGUGUUUGCCCUCAUGGUGCAGCUGAAGGCCCAGGAGCUGGAGCACGGAGCGUGCGUGCAGCAUCUGAAGGGACAGGUGGCAGAGCUCCAGGAAAGAACUUCAGCCCAGAGUCAGGAGCAGGCCAUCCUGCAGCGGUCCCUGGAGGACAAAGCUGCACAGGUGGAGGUGGAGCGGAUGGGCGCCAAGACCCUGCAGAUGGAGCUGAGCCGUGCCCAGGAGUCCUGGCGCCGGGGGCAGCAGCAGGUGGCUGUGGCUGAGGAGCAGCUGAAGCUUGUGGCCAACACUGUCAGCAGCUUUCAGACCUGGCUCCAGAACACCAUGGCCAAGGUGGAGCAGGCCGCAGCCCGGCUGCCCAGCCUCAGCAGCCGAGUCAGCUAUGCUGUCCGCAAGGUCCACACCAUUCGGGGUCUGAUGGCUCGAAAACUGGCGCUUGCUCAUCUGCGCCAGGAGAGCUGCCUGCUGCCCCCACCAACCGAGGAUGUGAGCCUUGAGUUGGAGCAGCUGCGGGAAGAACGGGAUCGUCUGGAUGCAGAACUGCAGCUCAGUGCCCACAUCAUCCAGCAGGAGGUGGGCCGAGCCCGGGAGCAAGGGGAGGCGGAGCGGCAGCAACUGAGUUCGGUGGCCCAGCAGCUGGAGCAGGAGCUUCGGCAGACCCAGGAGUCCUUGGCCACUGUGGGGCUGCAGCUGGAAGCAGCUCGCCAGGGCCAGCAAGAGAGCAUGGAGGAGGCUGCCAGUCUGCGGCAGGAGCUGACCCAGCAGCAGGAAACCUAUGGGCAAGCUCUGCAAGAGAAGGUGGCUGAAGUGGAAUCCCGGCUGCGGGAACAGCUCUCAGAAACAGAAAGAAGACUGAAUGACGCUCGGAGGGAGCAUGCCAAGGCCGUGGUUUCCCUGCGCCAAAUCCAGCGCAAAGCCACCAGGGAAAAGGAGCGGGACCAGGAGUUUAGGCGCCUGCAGGAAGAGGCCCGGAAGGAGGAGGGGCUGCGGCUGACCCAGCGCCUGCAGGAGCUGGAGAGGGACAAGAACCUCCUGCUGGCCACCUUGCAGCAGGAGGGUCUCCUCUCCCGUUAUAAGCAGCAGCGGCUGUUGGCAGCUCAUCCUUCCCUGGAUAAGGGGAAGUCUGCGCAGUCCAGCCCAAGCCGGGCAGUGUCUUCAGUACCUGGAUCUCCAGCAGCUGCACUCUCCCCCAGGAAGACCAUAAAGGGAUCCCUCUGUGUCCUGCUCGAUGACCUGCAGGGCCUGAGUGAGGCCAUUUCCAAAGAGGAGGCUCUUUCUCAAGGAGACAACCAAAACUCUUCUGCUCCCGUCCAUCAUUGACCAGUUGGGCGCUGGGACACCUGGGAGCUCAGGGGGGCCUGGGGGACCAGUAGGAUCAUGGAGAAGUGGGGUGAGGUUUGUGGGGUCUGCCCUUGGGGACGCUAGCCACCAAGGUGUCUGUGAAGUCUGUGCCUCAAUAAAGAUGACUGCAGUAG